CUGCCGGGUUCCAGGCUCCUCCCCUCCCCCGCCCCCCCGGCCGUAGGUGGGUGUCAUGGCGGUGCCCGGGGGGGCGCGAGCUGGGCUGUGGCUUGUGGUCUGGGCUGGACUGUGUGGUUGGCGGGCAGGACCGGCGGCGGCCGAGGACGCGCUGGGCCCUCACGUGGCCGUGCGCCUGGCCGAGCUACUGACUCCUGAGGAAUGCGAGAUGUUCCGGGCCCUCCUGAAAGCGCCCGAGCCUGACCCGGAGGCCGAGCUGGCUCGCCUGUCCGAGGCCCGGAGACCGCCGGGCGCUGAGCCCGAGGAGCCCCGGCGGCGGCGGCGGCGGCGGCGGCGGCGGCGGGAGGAGCGGGAACUCCAGAAGCUCCAGGAGCCGAAGGCCCCCCCGGACGGGGACAGCGGCUGUCGGAAGGAGCUGGCCAGCUGGCUGGCGGCCGAGGCGCCCACCCUGGCGUGGGACCGGGUGGCCCGGGCUCUGCGGCGCUGCGGUCGGCCGGACGUGGCCCGGGAGCUGGCCAAGGGCCUGCACCAAGAAGCCACCCUGGAGCUGCGGAAUUUCGCGCAGCCCUACCACCGAGCGGCUGCCGCCGCCGAGGCCGCCGAGGCCGCCCAGCAACCGCCUGGGCAGUCCCUGCGGCCCCGCGCCAUCCCUCCCGACUGGGACGCCUGGGACGCCUGGGACGCGCUGGAGCUGAUCGUGGAGAAGCUGCCCCAGGCCCCCUACCCGGGCAGCCCCGUGGGCUGGCUCGCGCCCCUGAGCCUCGGCUUCCUUUUGGGCUUCCUGGGCGCCCUGGGCAUCGGGCUGCUCGUCAUCCUCCUCACGUUGUGGGUCACGGGGGGCGACGAGGAUGGCAAGGAGGACUACGGGGAGAGACCCGAGAGCCUGGAUGGAGGUGCCGUGGCCCUCUUGGGGCCCAUUAACCCCCGCUGCCUGUGGGAAAUAAAGACUUUUCCCGAGUAAAA